GUCGACUUUCGCUUCGAAAUUGACAGGAAUCGUUUCAUUCUUUUAAAGCUCUGGCGAUUUAAGUGGUGCGUGUGUACUCUAUCUCAUCCAGUCCCCUCAAGAUGGCAACCUCAAUUCAACUCCCAUCAGACGCAAUCCCUUUCAACAUCUUUGCCUUAACAUCAAUGCCUCCGAACGAUAGAUACCGUGGCGCUGUUGUAGAGGACCUGCAACUUCCCCCUGCAUUCUGUUUGCCCUCCUCCGAAUCUGUAUCUCGCGCAAUGGAGUCAGCAUAUGAUCGUGAUUUCUCCCAUAUACCCGUCCUCAACCGUGAUCGUCGUCCGCUCGGGUACGUAGACGUCGCUGCUCUGAAAGAAAAGUGGGAAGCAGGCACAGCAUCGCCAAACGACUCCGUCAGUAAAUACAUGACCAAGUUCAAUCGUAGCGCGUCUCAGCAUUACACCCUCGUAACUCCCUUGACGCCCCUUGCGGAACUGGCAGAGUUUUUGCAGGAUAAUAUUUUUGCGUUAGUUACGGACCAGGGCAAAAAUUUCGUGCUUGCCGUGGCGACAUCACAGGAUCUGGAUAAUUUCGUGACACGUAGGGGUCGUUGAUCUGAUGGCUGAUGGUCAUCUAUCGCCUUAAUUAUUACUCUCAGCCAUGUGGUUCUAUAUCUAUCAAGUGGAAUAUGUUUCAAUAUCAUACACUGGGCGCCUGAUGGUGCGUUGGUAUAUUGUAUCACGGUUGUGAAGUUGAGAGGGGGUACUUAUUUCGUCGCGGAGAGGACAUGCGACAUUGUCUCCUUGCUAUAUGUAUCGCUACUUUGAUGUAUGGUCGGGAUGAAAUACAUGUACAUCGGAUAUGGUGUAAUGGUUAACAUUACCGCCUCUCAAGCUUAGAAUUCGC